AUGGAGGAGGUCGUUGGUUGCCAUGGCCACAGCAACAAAGAGAACGUGAUCCCUCCUUUCUCUGCAACUGCAAGGGCAAAGCUCACCAACCCGGUUCCCGGAAACGGGUCUUCCUCCAAGAAAUGCUAUAAGAAGAUGAGAUUAAGGAGGAAGCCUCUUGCUGAUAUAACCAAUCUCUACAUCUACAGCGACAACAAUUCUGUUCAAUCAAGCUUGGCUCAUCAACCCAGCCCAACUCUUUCCUUCUCCUCAUCAAAUUCUAAGAAAAGAAAAUCAAUUCGGGAGGUAGAUAGUGCCGUUCAAGCCACCAAAUCCAACUCCAAGUCACUACGGAUGGGUUUCAGAUAA